AUGGGCUUCGUCCAGCUCUACACAGCUGUCCUGGUCUUCCUUACCCAACGGCUUGCGAUAUCGAGGGCACUUGUGCGCCGUCUGAAAUUAACUACCAUACACGACAUCUCCAACGCAUGGGCAGGCCUUGGUUCCGCACUCAUCAAUGUCUGGAAACAAACACGUGUCCCUGCAUCGUUGUGGGCGACCACUGCUGUGACAACCUACCUUGUAUGCAUCUCUGUGCUGCAUGUCACCUCUUCCACUCUCCUACAAUUUCAAACAUUCAAUUCUUCUAUGACAACCAAUAUUUCAACAACACUAGGAUGGGUAGAUAUAUCAAGUAGGGUCUCGGAGAAUCCGGUAGCUAUGACUGCAUCUCUACCGGCUAUCAGUCGAUUUCCUGGAUUUCUCUCUGCAGGGAUAUCCAAUAAUACAGUCUAUGACACCCUGCAAACGAGCUCUGUAGUUGGACGUGCAACGGUGAAUGCAACGACGGUAACCUCGAGUUGCGGAUUACUUCCAAAUGUCACAUACUCUCGAAAUAACACAGCAAUUGCUCCGCUUGGUAAUGGAAAUGUUAUGGAAAUGAUUGGAUCUUCCCCCUGGACAGACCAGAUACGAGUACUUCAAUAUGGCGGCGGUCCGUCGGUCAAUAUGUCUCAGAGUUUCGCACCGCCUGCCGUCUUGUUAAUGGUCUCUACCUUGUUGGAGAUCGAGCCUUCAGUCCAAAAGGAGGUUGCGGUACCGGCGAUUUGGGUAUGUCCAGCUGUGAACCAGACUAUUGAAGUCUAUUUUAUGCAAUGCUCACUGUCAACCAACAACGCCACAGUAGUUAUCGACACGCAAACCAACACUCUAGAGAAUCCCAUGCCUGUCCCGCAGCCAUCCACGCAAUGGGAGGAAACGCUUCAGUGGACAUCUACCGACUGGUCAGAAAAUGUUGGUUACAUUCUUUCCAUUGCAGGCGGUAGCGGGUAUCAAUUUAUAGAUCAAUCUGACUAUACCAGCGAGCCCUCGAUUGUGGAUGAGUCUAUAAUGUCAUUGGUAGGAUUGGAUCUCUCAGCUCAAUAUCUCCAAUCGUCCACCGACUGGGACCAACCUCCCGUUUCUAAUUUCACCUUGAGCCGGGAUAAACUAGAAGCCGCUAUUGCGCAAACAGUUGCACAAGUCACUUGGAUGGCAGGGCGAAUGGAUGGAGGAAUUCAACCUGGCAAUGGGACGGCCCUUGCCUAUGAGGAGGUGAUCGCCCUACGCCUGAAUGUCACCCUUCUUCCUUUGCUGUUUGCGACCUCUGCGUCGGUGAUCAUGUUGGGAUUGGCUCUACACACAACAAGAGCGUUUCAUGCAUCCCGCAACAGUCAGGCUCCCAUCCCAAAUGCAGGCGCACUGCAACUCUUAUGGUUGGGUUAUCAUUCAGCACCUGUCCACGAAGCUUUGCAAAAUGUGGAACAUCCGACGGAAGCUAACUUACGUCGCGCGGGCAUGAUAGAUGUUUGUUUUGCGAGCACCACAUCUGACGAAGAAGAGCUAUCAAUGAGGAGUUUAAUUGAUAGUCAGGCAGUUGACCGUGACGAUGGAAUGUCACAUUUGGUUUGAAAACAUUGGACGCGAUAAAGACCGUAUCAUCUUGGUGUUAGCUGUGCAACACUCGUCAGAAGCCUUCGUCGAAUAUUGUGCAUGGCAACACCAAUAUGAAUCUCAUUGACACGUAUUUAACUCUAUCUCAUUCUCUACUUUUCCUCCUUUGGCGAAAUCCUCGCUGUUCGACAUCAUUUGCAAC